GGUGAGGAGUGGUGGUAGGUGACGUCCAAUACUAUGUGAUACUGGGAGGACUGACUGGCUCAGCUUCCCAUUCAAUUGGCUCCCCUGUCUUCCUCUCCUAGCGCCCCUCUCUCUCUCUCUCUCGGCUGCUCUGUUCUUCUCUUCAAGGGGUGCACUGAGAUCACAGCAAGAUGGUGAAGGCGGUCGUUGUCCUUAGCAGCAGUGAGGGUGUCAAGGGAACUAUCCACUUUACCCAGGAGGGAAAUGGACCAACCACAGUGACCGGAAAUAUUUCUGGCCUUAAGCCUGGACUCCACGGUUUCCAUGUCCAUGCUCUCGGGGACACCACAAAUGGGUGCAUGUCUACUGGACCACAUUUCAAUCCUGCUGGGAAGGAGCACGGUGCCCCCGAAGAUGAAAAUCGUCAUGCUGGUGAUCUGGGCAAUGUCAAUGUCGGGGAAAAUGGUACUGUUAGUUUCACAAUUGUUGACAGCCAGAUCCCUCUUACUGGUCCGAAUUCAAUUGUUGGAAGGGCUGUUGUUGUCCACGGAGAUCCUGAUGACCUUGGCAAGGGUGGACAUGAACUUAGCAAGACAACUGGGAAUGCUGGGGGCAGAGUGGCUUGUGGUGUGAUUGGUCUUCAGGGAUAAGCUCUCACAGAAACUUCAUUACAAGCAGCUGAUGCGUAUUGAGUCAAGUUUUAAGGGCUGGCAUCUUCUGAAUAAAGAUUGUACUGUUACAUCAUCUCUCUUCUUUUUCCAUCUGCUUGUAUGCAUUAAGUACAUGCGUGCCCUGUAUUGCUUUAUUUUGACGCAAACCAUUGCCUACAGACAAUACAGUUUUAAUGGCCAUUUCCUAUUCAGCACAAAUGUGAAUCUGAGUUUCUACGGAUGUUAAGAAAUGAUACAUAUGGUUUGCAUGGAGUGGAAAA